AUGUACGGCGUGGAAAUUGUCGCCUUUGUCACGUCGGUUGGCAAUAUCAAGCUCUUCGGCGAUACGGACGCCAUGAGCGCCGACCCCACGUUCCUCAGCCUAGCCGACACAAUUACCCACGACAAGGUCGACGAGUUCCUGACGCCGAAGCCUCGAAGCGCAUGGAGGUCCGCGUCGCCGGCCUGCGCGACCAAAACGACAGCACCGGCGGCACGGUAA